GCACAGAGGUGUGCGGCAGACCUCACCAGGAUCGACGUCGGACGCACUAGAUCGUCAAAAAACUAUGUCGCGGCAAGAAGCAAACGCCAACGCCUCCUCGUGGGUCGUUGCGUCCCGACGAAGCUCGUCAGUGUCCCGGGCUCCAGAAAGAAGGCCGACGGAGGAUCCAAACCGAAGAGGUCAGGGGGUGCCUAAGAGCGGCGGAGGAAGCGGCUGGAGGUAUCCAUCUGGGCUCCCGCAGGCAGGGGCGGCUGGUGCCCGCGAACCGCCGCUCUGCUUUGGGCUAAAGUCCGUGUGGGUCGGCGCUGUGAUCGGUCGUGGUGGGUCAAAAAUACAAGAGAUACAGAGUAUAACGAACACAAAAAUACAGAUAAUAAAAGGUUAUCCAGAAGCGGAGGUCAGAAUAUUUGGUACCAGGGGAAUGAAGGCCAAGGCCAAAACAGCAAUAGAUAAUGUUGUUAAACAACAAGAAAAUUACAAUCCCAAACCCAAAAUUGAUAUUGUUGCAUUCCAACCUUCUGUUGGAAGAGAUUUAAGGACAGAGGGUAAUAGUACAGAGAAUCAGCCAUUGAUUGAUUGGGAUCAGAUUCGAGAAGAUGCUUUGAAAUGGAAAAAGAAAAAGUGGGAAGAUUUACCUGCAAUUAAGAAAAACUUUUACAUAGAGUCAGAAACAACAAGUUCAAUGACACAAGAGCAAGUGGCUAUUUGGAGGAAAGAAAAUUAUAAUAUAAUGUGUGAUGACUUGAAAAAUGAUCAGAAGCGUCAGAUACCAAAUCCUACAUGUACUUUUGAGGAGGCCUUUAAACAUUACCCAGAUGUCAUGGACAACAUUAAAAAGGCAGGAUUCAGGAAGCCGACACCUAUCCAGUCACAGUCCUGGCCAAUAGUGCUGCAAGGAAUAGAUCUUAUAGGAGUAUCUCAGACUGGAACUGGGAAGACAUUGUCAUAUUUAAUGCCUGGAUUCAUCCAUCUGGAUUUGCAACCAGUAAUUAAAGAAAAAAGGAACAGACCGGGGAUGUUAGUCCUUACACCCACUAGGGAAUUGGCUCUUCAAGUUCAAAAGGAAUGUUCUAAGUAUUCAUAUAAAGGCCUUAAAAGUGUUUGUAUAUAUGGUGGAGGAGAUAGAAAUGAUCAAAUACAGGCACUGAAAAAAGGAGUCGAUAUUAUCAUUGCAACUCCUGGAAGACUAAAUGAUCUACAGAUGAAUAACUUUGUCGACCUGAGAAGCAUUACUUACUUGGUGUUAGACGAAGCUGACAAGAUGUUAGAUAUGGGGUUUGAGCCCCAGAUAAUGAAGAUUUUAUUAGACGUGCGCCCAGACAGGCAGACAAUUAUGACCAGUGCAACGUGGCCAUAUGCUGUCCGUCGACUUGCAGAGUCUUAUUUGAAAGAUCCUAUGAUUGUUUACGUUGGUACUUUGGACCUAGUUGCUGUAAGUACAGUGAAACAAAACAUAAUUGUCACCACAGAAGAAGAAAAGCGAUCUCAUAUACAAGAUUUUAUAGAAAGCAUGUCUCAGAAAGAGAAAGUCAUCGUCUUUGUUAGCAGAAAAGCUGUUGCCGAUCACUUAACGAGUGACCUGAUUCUGCAACAUAUAUCAGUGGAGUCCCUACAUGGCAACAGAGAACAAAAAGAUAGGGAAAAAGCAUUAGAAAACUUUAAAACAGGUAAAGUAAGAAUACUGAUCGCCACAGAUCUAGGAUCUCGAGGUCUUGAUAUUCAUGACAUCACACACGUUUAUAAUUACGACUUCCCCCGGAACAUUGAAGAAUACGUACAUAGAGUAGGCCGGACUGGAAGAGCAGGGAAAACUGGAACGUCCAUUACUCUCAUCACAAGAAAUGAUUGGAGUAUUGCUGGCGAGUUAAUUAAUAUUCUAGAAAGAACACGCCAGAGCAUCCCAGAUGAACUUAGAGCAAUGGCUGAACGAUAUAAGGCAAAUAGACUGAGAAGAGAAAGAGAAAAAUGGGGGAAGACCCAAGGGAAAUACAAAACGUGUUAUUACUAAUGCCCUUGUUAAAGUACCAGCUUACUUACAAAAAAGAUUUCAAGACCUUAGAAACUUUCAGAUAUGUGGAAAUACUGCAAACAUACUGG